AUGAAGGCCUUUCUCAGGACCACCCCGGCGGUCCGCUCGCACAUCACACGAACGAACCACCUGCGACUGAUCUCAAGACCUGCUGCUGCGAGCGUCCACACCGCACCGGAGCUGAAGGAUAAGAGCCUGUUCAAAGAGCAAAGCUACAUCAAUGGCCAAUGGGUCAAUGCAAAGUCGGGCAAGACCUUCGAGGUCCACGACCCGGCCACCGGCAAGUUGAUCGGGACGAUGCCAGAGAUGAACAAGGACGAUGUAGACCUCGCGAUCAAGGCGGCUGCGGACGCAUUUCCUUCAUUCAAGAAGACCACUGGACGUCAGCGGUCGAAGAUGCUGCGCAAGUGGUACGACUUGAUUAUCGAGAACAGCGAGGACAUUGCCAAAUUGAUCACCUGGGAGAACGGCAAGCCAUUGAACGAUGCAAAGGGCGAGGUAUCAUACGCGGCUAGCUUCUAUGAGUGGUUCAGUGAAGAAGCACCUAGACUCUACGGCGACACCAUCCCGGCCACGGUCCCUGGUAACAGGGUAUACACGGUCAAGGAGCCAGUCGGUGUUUGCGGUCUCAUCACUCCGUGGAACUUCCCUGCUGCUAUGAUCACCAGAAAGAUUGGACCUGCUCUCGCUGCCGGCUGUACUGUCGUAGCCAAGUCGCCUGGAGAAACUCCUUACACUGCUGCGGCGUUGACCGAGCUGGGCCAUCGUGCAGGUAUUCCACCAGGCGUGAUAAAUAUCGUGACCUCACUCGAAAACACAGCCGAAGUUGGUGGGGCGAUCACAGCAUCAGACACGGUCAAGAAAGUCAGCUUCACUGGAUCCACUGGUGUCGGCAAGCUCCUCAUGAAGCAAUCGGCAGACACGCUGAAGAAGCUCUCCUUCGAGCUUGGUGGUAAUGCGCCAUUCAUCGUAUUCGAUGACGCUGAUCUGGAUAUCGCUGUUGCUGGAGCUGUAGCAAGCAAAUUCCGCAGCAGUGGCCAAACGUGUGUAUGCGCCAACAGAAUCUACGUGCAGAGUGGUAUCUACGACGCCUUCGCCAAGGCCUUCACGGAGAAGGUCAACCAGUUCAAGGUCGGCCCUGGAUUCCAAGAGGGUGUCACCCACGGUCCCUUGAUCCACGACCGGGCAGUCAGCAAAGUCCAGGCUCAUGUUGAUGAUGCAGUUCAGCACGGCGCUAAAGUGCUCGCCGGUGGCCAGAAACUGUCUGACCUGGGCGCGAACUUCUUUGCGCCAACGGUUAUCAGAGAUAUGACCAAGGGCAUGAAGAUCUCGAGCGAGGAGACAUUCGGCCCUGUUGCAGCGCUUUUCCCAUUCAACACGGAGGCGGAGGUAGUCAGCCUCGCCAACGAUGCGGAAGUUGGGUUGGCUGGCUACUUCUUCUCAAAAGACACACAGCGAUGCUACAGAGUAGCCGAAGCGCUGCAGUUCGGAAUGGUGGGCAUCAACACUGGAAUCAUCAGUGAUCCAGCAGCUCCUUUCGGAGGCGUGAAGCAUUCAGGGUUCGGACGCGAGGGAUCGAAAUACGGAAUUGACGAGUACGUGACAGUGAAGACGGUCACUCUCGGUGGAAUUGGCGACCUUCAAGGAUCGUAA